AUGGAGUGGUUAGCCGACGAAGAGGAGGAGGCCUCCCAGUUUCAUCUGGACCUCCACCACAGAGGGGAGGACGUGCUGGAUAUUGGCCUGGAUGUGCAUGGUCUGUCUGAAGACGACGAUGAACCCGGUCCGAGUACAGAAGCCCCUGCUGCUGUGGGUGCAAACCAGGAGGACACGUCUUUUCUCUCUUUGUGUUGUCGCGCGGCUCAGAAACUGGAGGUGGAUUGGCCUGCUCCCCCUCCUGCACAAAAACCGUUGCGUUUCGCUGGAUUUUUUCUCCCCACUGAACCGACUGCGGUGAAAAACCAUCUUCCCAUGUUCCCAGACUUUGUCUCGGAGCUGACGUCCUGCUGGACCAAACCUCUGUCCACCCGCGUCACAGUGCCCGGUUAUGGACCGUAUUUGGAUUUGGAAGGAGCUGAAAAUGCUGGACUAGUGAACAUACCUCCCAUGGAGCCGUCCCUGGCAGCGUAUUUGGCCCCGUCUCACAACCAUGGUGUGAGCAGACCCACCACGCUCCCUUCCAAGCCCUGUAGAUUUUCUGCUUCGCAGCUUGAAAAAAUCCACAAGGCUCAGGCCACUACUGCUCGCAGCCUGAGCUCCAUCAGCAUGCUCCAGACUUACCAGGCUAUGGCUCUGGUCGAGCUCGGAGUUCAGGUACCGGCCGAGAGUCUUCUGCUGCCUCUCUUAAAUGAAAUCAGACUCACUGCGGACUACGUCCUCAGUGCGUCCCGCGGUGCAGCGCUCUCCCUGGGCAGAGGGAUGGCUUCAACUGUGGUGGCGCAGAGGCAUCUGUGGUUGACGCUCUCUGAUGUCCCCGACAGAGACCGGGCCACAUACCUGGAUGAACCAGUUAUGGUGCCUGGGUUAUUCGGUCAGUCUCUAGACAUCAUUCAGGCAAAGUUUGAGCUGAGGAAGAAGCAGGCAGAAGCUCUGCUCUGCAUUAUCCCCAGACGGGACUCGAGACCCAAGACCAGCACACAGAAGCCGGCCGCACAGCUGUCUCCGGCGAAGAGAACGAGAGAACUGGCCCACACACACUUCCGCAUACGGCCUCCCCGUUUCAACACCGUGGUAAACACUGUUGUUAGAAACAAAACAGCCGUGGUUUUGAGGGAGGAAAUAAACACGCUACUGGCGAAAGGAACCAUAUGUGUGGUCCCCUCUUCGGACAUAAACAAAGGUUGGUACAGCCGUUAUUUUGUCGUUCUGAAAAAAGACGGCGGCCUCCAUCCGAUUUUAGAUCUGAGGGUGUUAAACAAGUUUCUACGAACAUACAGGUUCAAAAUGCUAACACUCAGGCAGCUUCUGAAUUCAAGCGGCCCGGGCGACUGGUUUGCGACCAUCGAUUUAACAGACACUUACUUCCAUGUAGCGAUUCACCCAGACCACAGGAAAUUUCUGAGGUUUGCGUUCGAAGGCGUAGCCUACGAAUACCUGGUGCUGCCAUUCGGUCUGUCGCUGGCGCCCUGCACCUUUUCAAAAUGUGUCGAAGUGGCGCUUUCUCCUCUCAGGGAGAUAGGAGUUCGCCUGUUAGCAUACCUAGACGACUGGGCUCUGAUAGCCAGCUCCAAGGAGCAGGCUACAGAGCAUCUGUCUCAGGUUCUGUCGCACGUUCAGGCUCUGCAUUUUUCUGUAAAUUUUCAGAAAAGCUUAUUGACUCCGAGUCAACAGUUUUCUUUCCUUGGAUUGGAAAUACAGUAUGUUCCCUGUCGGGCAGAGCGCAUCUCUCAGAAAACAGAGUAGCUGCGUUUCACCGCUGCCUCGCUCAGUUUCAACUGGAACACAAACUGCGUUUUCAGACCAUUCUGCAACUGUUGGGCAUGAUGGCUUCUAUGAUCGCAGUAGUACCACUCAGCCUGCUAAAAAAUGCGCCAGUUUCAGCGCUGGUCCCGCUCUCACCGGCUGUGUGCAUUACGUCACCGCCACAGAAAGCUAACGAUAACUGCCUCAUGCAUGAAGGCUCUCAGUCCUUGGGGGGAACCUGGCCUGCUAUGCCGAGGCUCACUGAUAGGAAGAGUGUCAUUUUGCAAGGUGGUAUCCACAGACGCCUCCCUGGUGGGGUGGGGGGCUCUGUGCGAUGGUGCAGCAGUGAGGGGGGUCUGGACUCUGAAGCAGUCCAGACUCCACAUAAACUGCCUGGAAUUGUUAGCGGUUCUGUUAGAACUGAAACAAUUUUGUCCAGUUCUGCAGAACCAACAUGUUCUGAUCAGAACAGACAACACGACCGUAGUGUCAUAUAUAAACAGACRGGGGGGAACACGGUCUCUUCCCCUGUUGGAACUGUCUCACACUCUCUUGCAGUGGUGCAGCGUGCAUUUCCUGUCUAUCAGGGCCACUCACGUUCCUGGGAGGCUGAAUCUGGGCCCAGAUCUACUCUCCAGGGGCGGACCUAUGGUGAGGGAGUUGCGGUUGCUUCCUUCAGUGGUGGACCAGAUUUGGAACCUGUUUAGCAGGACAGCAGUGGAUCUCUUUGCCACARGGACCAACACCCACUGCCCUCUGUUCUUUUCCAUAACGGAUCAGAACGCCCCACUGGGGGUGGACGCUCUAGCCCACCCGUGGCCCAACGUACUGCUGUAUGCAUUUCCCCCAGUGGAGAUGAUACUGCCUGUACUAGAGAGGGUACGCAGACAGGGUCUGUCUCUGAUUCUGGUGGCGCCCCAUUGGCCAGCAAAGUCUUGGUACCCUGAGAUAAUCAGCCUGCUGGCUGCUCAGCCCUGGUAACUUCCCCUUCUCCA